GUUCAUAUUUUCAAUCCACGAGCCGUUGGGAGCGUCUCGAUCGCCAGCAAGUACGGAGAGGCAGAAGCCCAGCGACGGUGGAGCGUGCGUUCCUCACACGACGCCCUCCCUUCCGGCGAUUUUGAUUCUGAUAUCGCUAUAAAAACCCGCGCUUUGAGUCACCUUGAGCCGCAUUGCCAGCCUCCUCCGCCUUCUCAUCCGAGAGGAGCUAGCACAAGGGAGGAGGAGAGGAGCGAGAGAGAUCCAAAGGUAAGGUUUGGUUCCGUUCCGACGUACGGUUCGCUCUCGAUCCAUUUUUUCUAGAUGGCACCGAUCUCCAGAGUUCCUCUCCUCCUGGCGGCCUGCUUGAUUCUAGCCGUGGCGCUCGCCAUUCCGGUCGCUCGGGCCCAGCUGGCUCCUGCCCCCUCGCCUACGAGCGAUGGGACAUCGAUCGACCAGGGAAUUGCUUACGCGCUAAUGCUGCUGGCCCUAGUGCUGACCUACCUCAUCCACCCUUUGGAUGCCUCCUCUUCGCACAAGCUCUUCUAAGCCUCUACCGACGAGAACAACAUUCAUUGGCUUGUGAAUUGUGAAGGGUAUUGGGUGUCAAGUCUUUUUUGUACCUAGGCUAGCUAUGUGUGCAUUCGUGUAUGAGAUUUGGAGUGA